GUGCGGCGCCUGCGGUGGAUCCGCAACGGGACGAGGGGGGGAGGGAGAGAUGAGGGACGCAGGGGAGCAGAUCAAUGUGGGCGACGACGACGAGGAGGUUGCACGGGCGGGGUCGUCAAGGAGGGAGCGAGGGAAGGGCGUUGUCAGCGAGCCGGGGGGGCAACAGGGCCAGUACUUUGCGUCGGCGCACGUGUCGGUUCGUACACGGGCAGGUGCGGAUACGCCUAAGGCAAGUGCGUCUGCGGGGAAGAGGAAGGAGAGAGAGGAGGGGGACAGACCGACGGCAGCAGCCGCAGCACAGAAGAGGAUGAGACAGAACACGAUCACGAAGUCGUUCACUUCAAAGUGGCAGAUGGAGUUCAAGAAGAAGUGGCUGCGGUUUGUGUACAGUCAGCGCCUGGCGUUCAACGUCUUCCGAAGCGAGCCAUGGUUGGACGUCGCCCGACACUUCAGGGACUUGCCGGGGCCAGUGAAGGUGUUGUGGCCUUCAAAGAUUGAGAUCGCGGACAUAGAGACCAUUGUCCACACAGCGGACGAUGUGGGAGCUGAUCUCGCGGAGGUCAGGGCUCCUUUCUAUGUCACGGGGGCCACCAUUAUGUCAGACAGAAGGAAGUCACGCGAUGCUAGACCCAUCGUUAACUUCCUUGCCGGCGGGUCGCGUGGGGUGAUGCUCGUCUGGAUGAUGAACAGGGAGGGUGAGCGGGAUCGGGCGCCUAAUGUGUUGGCGCGGUGGAUCAAGGUGUUCGAUGACUUCCCCCCUAAGUGGGUGAAUGCCAUCUGCACCGACUCCGCCUCGGCGUACGUCACUGCGGCGAACAUGCUCCAGGGGCCCCAGCAGAGGCCGGAGCAUCGACGGAUCACGUGGCUCCCAUGCGCAGUGUAUGUCUGCAACAAGAUGUUGUCAGACAUUGGCUGUUCGGGCCCGUGGUCCAAGGACAUCAUUGUGAGGGGGAGAGCGGUGGUGCGCUUCAUUAAGGAGCACGGCGCCGCUCUCCAUAUCUUCCGGGGGGAGAGCAGUCAGAUGGGCCUCAUCUAUCCUUGCGAGACACGUUUCGCAUCCGUGUUCAUGAUGGUGGAGCGUUUGCUGGCAGUGAGGUCAGCUUUGGAGAGGACGGUGGAUGGCGAUAGUUGGGGUAUGGUCCCUUGGGACCAUUCAGUUCGUCAUUUGGCUAGGUGGGUCAGGUGGCAGGUGCGACAUGGCAGUUGGUGGGAUUCCAUGGGCAUCUUGCUCCGUAUCAUGGAGCCUGUGUACGACCUGCUGCGCAGGUUGGACCDMRGAGGGSUGSACAUGUCGCGGRUGGUUGAGUGGAYGYAGGAUCUGGCCCGCCAGGUGGCAGAGGAGGUUUGUGCACUUCCGCCAGAUCUUGCACACUACAUUGUGCAGAGGGUGCAGGCUCGAUGCGCUCACAUGCUGGAGCCGGCGCACUCCGCUGCUCACCUCCUCUGUCCCAGCCGGCGGGACUUGCGGUACUUCGAGGGCGUGGUCAGCGACUAUGACGCGAGCUGGGUGAGGGAGGCAGAAACUUACAUCUUGUCGCAGACAGGGUUGAGUGUGGCGAGCCUCGACUACGAGACCGCAUGUGCACAGUUACGUGACUUCCACACACGGAGGGGGACGAUUGCUUGGGGGGGGAGAGACGGAGACAGAGAUGCACAUAGGUGCAGGGGCGAUGCGAAGACGUACGAUUCCGGGUGUUGGUGGUCGAGGUACGGGCAGUGCGCCCCGCAGUUGCAGGUUAUUGCUCUUCGUGUGAUGUACAUGUGGAUGUGCUCCUCUCCUGCGAAGAGGAAUUGGGCCGUCCACGAGGGUGUACUGACGAAGAAGCGUAACCGACUUGAGUUCGAGAAGGUCGCGAAGUUGGUUGAGAUCUCAGCCAACUUGUUGGACAUGGAGGGAGGUAUCGGGAUUCACCCCUCGUGGAAGGGGACGGACGAGAGUAGGACGCGGGAGGAGGUCGAGGAUCAGAGACGUUCAUGGCUGCGAGACCCAUGUGGGUCCAGAGCUCCUCCGGGUGAUGUGGGCGAUGUUUUCGGAACUCGAGCCGCCACAUUGCACCCGUACCCUCGAGACGACAGUGAUUCCGAGGGUCACGAGGACGAGGACGAGUCGGCCGGCCCCGCUAGCACCACUCCUGCGGCGGAUGAGCGUGAUGAGUGGAGCGACCUAGAGGACGUCCGUAGACGGAGUGGCGGAGAUGACCUUUUCAUUCAGGUUGAUUUGGAGGAGGAGUCUGGGGGUCGUCAUGGGAUCCCUUUAGAGCGUCCGAGGCCUACGUCCACCGUUUCGCUUCCCACUGAGCGGGAGACAGAUCCUGGGUCUGCACCUUCGAGGGGGGCAGAGUCGGGGAUUGGCCAUCGUCCUCUGGGUCGAUCUGGCACGACAUCAUCCACUGCUCUUCCCACUUCGAUGGACCAGCUUCAUCGACAGCCAACCGUUGCAGAUCGAUUGCAGAGAUUGGUGAGGGGCCUGAGACAACAAUUGGAGGACAGAUUGGAGGGCGGUCCUGUGCCGGUGCAGGGUGACGACGGAGACAGACAGGGGUUGGUUGGUGGAGAUGGUGGUGCGCUGGCCGAAGGUGGAGGCGGUGCCGAGGCUGAUGCGGCGGUUGAGGGGAUACCGAUGGGCGGCGGAGGCGGUUUCAGUGAGUUUGGCGAUAUGGGUAUGCCCCCAGGAGAGAGUGUGGGUCUGGCCCUAGGAGAGAGCGAGUCCUGUGGGGACAUCAGUGAGGGUAUGCAGGACUUAUUGGGACAGAUCAGCUUCGCGGACCCGAGUAGUUUCUCCCCUGCCAUGUGCGCAGAGAAGAUCUUGGGGGCAGAGGGGGAUGAGGACCGGACACCCCCUGGAGAGACAUCUGCAGAGAGGCUGGAUAGGCUUCAUAGUCGUCGAGCGUGCCUCAUGGCACAGAGGGACCCCAGGACGCAGGAGCUCGCCCGUCUUGCGGCCGAGGACCGACAGAGGCAGCUGGGGACAUUUACGCCGGCGUCUGUUGAUGCGGGGUCAGCUGCCUACACGGAUACUCCGGCAGAGGUUCACGACACGACGCAGCGGGAGGCAGCUUCGGCAAAGGUUUCGAGUACGGGAGUGGAUGUCCAGCAGGAGACGCACGAGAGCGGGUUGGCACCGACAGAGGAGCCACGUUCGGAGAUGGCGCAGCAUCCUGCCGUGGAGCGGAGGCCAGAGGAGACAUUGAAAGAGGUCGCGGACGUGCCUCUGCCUGCGGGUUCAGUCGAGGGUGCCGUGCAUAUGUCCCCGGGUCUGGAGGACAUACCGACGGAGCAGUCAGUGGGCGUUGAUGAUAUUCGCCCAUCGGCACAGGCGGAGGGGAUAGCGCCGACCACCGGGGGGGGACGGGGCCGUAGCGGGGACCGUUGGCAUGUCACAGACUUUGGUGGCUCGCACUGUUGUGGGGCCAGUGGUGCCACAUCAGGCACCGUUUUUGGAGGGUUUUAGGCGUCCUGCACAUGGCGGUGGCCCGGUCGAGGAGCGACGUGU